AUGUUAGUCGCUUGGUAUUGUUCGAUUUGCUGCAAGAAAGUCACGUUCUCGGGAGUGUACGCUCCAAAAAGUGAUGCGGAGAUGGACGAAUUCGAGAUUUGUUUGAGAGCAUCUGGGUUGAGCGAAAGCGUGAUCGAAUACGUUCGAAUGAAGAGGAGAACCCUGUCGAAAGUUCGCGUUUGCACAUGGCAUGUGCCGACCUACAGCAAGCUGGCCGAACCUCAAUGUAAAGCGAGAAGUCAAAAUAUCCUCCCGGAAUUUGUGGAAAAUCCAAACAGUCCAACGCAAAUCGCCGAAACGUUCCGGAAGCUCGCCGAUAAGAUUUGUAAAGAUGAAAAUGAAUUGUCGAACAUUCCUUCCCUGACGGGAUUGCCGAAGGACGAGAGCCCGUCGGAGUGCUCGAAUCUGAUCUUUGGAGACGAUCAAAAUCUUUACGAAGGCACUAAAAACGUUGGGGUUCCGCUGUUCUCAAAGAAACGGAAAGCCGUCAAGCGAAGCCUCGACGAGGAGUCUCUGGAAAUCGAGGAUUUGGUCGAGAAUCGCAGACAACGACUCAAGAAUUCGUCUUCUUCACAAAGCCAUCGAGUUCCCAUCCUUACAAGUCAAAGCAAACGGGUCUCCUCGCAAACGCCAUCAACGAGCGGUUUAGAAAGUUCGAAUUGGUGUUCAUUGGAGGAUUUGCUUGACUUUCAUUCUUCGAUCACGCAGAUCAAUUCACAAAUCGUUCAAGUGCCGGAAGUCGAAGUUCAGCAACAAUCCGAAACGCUAUCCUUGAUAAAAGGUUCCUAUUUCUUGAUUUCUGGUGAAAUGCUAUUGGAGUUUCUGCAAAAUUGUCGAUGUGAGGAAAAUCUUUCCGAGCGUCUCGUUGAUGUACCCAAAGGAAAUUUCCCAUUUGUGCACUCAACAUGUCCAUGUGGUGGAAUGCAAGUUUAUCGAGGAUUGCCAAAACUA